AUGUCGCCGCCCCAUUAUACCCAGCACACAGCAGGCCCUCCUCCAGUGACUACUCAGACUCCUACCCCGCCACCCGUUCCACAUGAUCAGUACACUCAUCUCCCUCGCCAUUUUGACAACAAUAUCAUCCGCCACAUCAAGCCUACUGCUCCUACUUUUGAUGGUCGUGGGGAUCCUACGAUAUUUCUUGAUUGGGUUCAAGCUAUGGAAGAUUAUUUCGCAUGGUACAACUUGACGGAUGCUCAUAAACUUUGCAUUGCUAAGAUGACACUACGGGGAGCCGCUAGACAAUAUUGGAAUUCCAUGGAGGAGCAACUCUAUCAAUUUGGACGGCCGCCUGUGACUCUAUGGGACGAGAUGAAAUUGAAGCUUCGCGAACAAUACGUUCCCACCGUUUAUCGACAGCAAUUGUUUGAUCAAUUAUGGACCAUUUCCCAAGGAAAUUCGACAGUUACUGAAUUCCAUGCUCGUUUUAUUAAACAGAAAAUACGUGCGGGGAUUCGUGAAGAACCAGGAAUCACUGUGUCUCGCUUUAUCCAUGGUCUUCAUGACGAUAUUCAGCAUGAAAUCCGUCGGUUUCGUCCUCAUUGUUUGGAAGAUGCAUAUUGCCACGCAUUGGAAGCUGAAACAUAUUUGCGGCCUCAACAUUUGGGGUAUUGUGGCCAGCCUGCAACUGCCAACCAAACUCUUCCUACUACGGGUAUGCAGAUGGGGUUUUCAGGACCAUCUAACCCUACUGCACCGCCACCUAACAAAGGACCGGCUGUUUCUACUAAUGCUCGCAUUGAAGGUUUCCAUUGUCAUGCCAAAGGACAUAUUGCCUCUCGUUGUCCGCGGCGAACUUUAACUAUCAACACUCCCGAUAGUGAGCUUUGUGAGAUUGUGGAGCCUCUCGAAGUGGCAUUCCCAUUGGCAUGGUUAUGCAUGGUGGUUGAUGUGGCUGUCACUGGCUGCACUUAUGUUGUACAGUCUUUCAUGGAAUACUCUGUAAAUCGCAGUAAAGUGAUCUGGUCGCUGGUUGAGGCCAUUGAUGUCUAUCUUUUGGGAACAGUGAUGUUGGUGUUUGGAAUGGGUCUUUAUGAGCUCUUUAUCAGCAAUCUUGACAUUGUGAAGUCUUCACAAGAGAAUAAACCUACUGACAGAUCAAAUCUUUUAGGCAUGUUCAUGCUGAAGACAAGAAGCAAACGUUGGUGGCUUCUCAACUGCUCCAGCUUCCCUAUGACAUCCAUUGGGGAGGGUGGUGGUUAUUUAUUGCCUUAUCAAAUUGUGCACCUUUCUGUAGUGGCUAUACAACUGAAAUUUCUCUUAUUCAUUCAGAUUUCCCCUGUUGUCCGAGCCAGUGGAACGACCAAAAUGGUUAGAUAUAACAACUGUGAACGAGCUGAAAACGAAGCUUGGCCAUGUUAUAGUGAUGCUACUUCUAAUUGGGUUGUUCGAGAAGAGUAA